UUAGAGAGCAUUUGUGUGUGUGUGCGUAUGAGUCUGUGUGUAUUAUUUACGCGUAUGCGAGUAAUGUCAACUGCAACGUCGACGGCGACGACAACAACAACAACAGGGGGGGCUCGCAGAUUAUUAUAACUGAUUCGUUGCGCAAUUUUCGUGAUUUAUAUGUCAAGCUCAUCGAACUUUUUUUUCUUCUCUUUUUUCGCACGUACUUUGCGCGUAUUCGCACGCAGUUCGGCGGAUCAACAGCAGCGCGGCACGAAGAAAUUAAAAUCGGAAACUGCGAAGGGUGAAAACGUAGCAGCAGCGACUACAGCAGCUACAAAAGAUAAUAAUGCCAAGCUCGAAACGAUUGAGAAACAGCAAGUCGUGGAAGACAAGCGCGUAUUCAAAUUAAAAACUCCGAUCAUUCUCGGCUGCCUGAUUUACGCCUUCGUGCUGUCGCUGCCCACCAUCUACGAUUACUUCUUUUACGAGGAGGAAGAGGAGGAGGACGAGGACUCGUACGAGGAUCUGAGCUACGUCGAGAUCGCCAUCGACUACGUGGUCAUCUCCGUGCAGCAGGUGAUCGGUGGAAUCUGGCAGGCCUUCGACAACUUAUUCUUUUCAACGAGCAAGUGCAAAAAGUGCAGCCGUGGGAGUACGAUUUUCUAAGCAGAGAGAAGAAGAAUAUGGAAACGCUCGUUUCAACUUUUCGAAGGAUGGAUAUCUGUUAAACUACGGUGUACACUUCGUCGCUUUUGUUUUAUUUUUUUUUAAUUUUUUUUUAAAUAAGUUUUAGUCUAUAAGUUAUGUGUGCGUUCUCUUUCUCUCUCUUCUCUCCGAUGGAAAAUAAAAGAAAAUGCAGCGAAAAAAAAGAAUCCACAUAUUUUCCAGCGAAUCCGCGAUGGUAAUCCGAUAAUUUGUUUACCGAGAUAAGAUACGUCGAUGUGCGUGAUAUGUGUGUGUGUGUGUGUGUGCGUAUGUACGCGAAAGCGCAGAUCCAGCUUUAAUGAAAAAUCGCCGAGUUGAGUCUAAAAAUAAUAAAUAUAUUCCAAGUCACUAGCGAAGCUUUUCGCCAACUAUAUUUUUAAUGCAGUACUGAGCUGCUCCUCGGGGCUAUAUAGGUAUACAUGUGCGUGUUUGUGUGUAACAUUGUGCAAAUAAAAGAGUCCAUGAGGCAUAUGUGUAUAUAUACGUUGCUCGAGAAACCACAUGGAUGAUAUUUCGCAUAUUUUUUUGCGUGUUACUCUAGAGCGGCAGUAGCAUUGAGUGAAAAAAAAGAAAAAAAAAUGAGAA